AUGAAAAUUCCCAUUUAUUUACUUGAACAACCUAAAGAAAUUGAGCUGCGAGUAUUUUAUUUUAUAAGCCUAGAUGUUGUAAAUAAUUCAAGAGUACUCCUCCUGUUUCAUAGAUAAAUUUAUGCUAAUUUCUCUUGAUCAUACUCAUCCAAUCCACAAAUUAUCAUAAGGAUCAUUAUCCUUAAUAUUAAAUAAGCUUGAUUAUCAGAUUUAAUUAGCAGUUGAUCAAAUACAAUAAAACCCUAGUUUUUAUUGUCAGUCUCUGCUGUCUCUCAUAAAUUAAAUGCUGGAAUUAGAGUGCUAUCGGUAUGACAUUAAAUUAAAAUAGAAAAUUGUUUAACUCAUUAGAUCAUCUAUUUGAUAUGCUAGAAUGUUCAGACAAUUUAUUAGUCUAUGAGUAAAUAAUGCUAAUUUUAUUAAAACUCUACAAAUAACCCUAGAGUCCAACCAAUCCGUAAUAAAAGGAUCUUAGCAAUCAACAAUUGAAAGAAUACCUUCCAAGAACCAUAUAUUUUACAAGAAUCAUGCUGGAUCAUUAUAAUAAUUUGUCUUCUAACAAGAUAGAGUUAAUAGAUUAUUAUUAUCAAGAUCCAAAUUAUCAAAUCCUUUCUGAUGCCCCAAUAGAAUUUCCUAAAUUGGUUAUAGAGUAUAUGGAACCAAACUUAUUGAAUGAAGCAUAUCAAGAUUUGUGCAAGAACGGUGUUCACAAGAAAGAAUUACAUCAACCCAUCUUAAUUAGAGUAGUGUCAACAAUAUAAUUAGAAUUUUGAAAUUACUGAUGUAAAUUCCAACACGGGCCUAUCAUUGUCCAAAACUUAUCUGAAUUCAUAAGAUUAAAACCUAUGUCCUCUAGUUGAUGCCAUGAAAUAUAGAAUCCUCAUCUAUAGAGAAUUUUAAAAAAAUUAAAUUCCCACAGUAUCUAUUGUGAUUUCUUUGCACAUACAAUCUCUCCUUAUGUAUAUGCUUCUUUAUUAGUUUUGCUUAAUCAAUNUAUUGUAAUCAAGUUUUAAAUAAUCUUCUUCUUUAUUGUCUAUUUUCUCCAAGACAUUUUGA